AUGCUCUCCAAACAAAUCGUCCUCUUUACUGUUCUCAUCGGCGGUCUGUUCGUCGCUGCUGCGCCUGUUGACCAAGCCGCUGCUCGGGAAGCGCCUGAGAAGAGGUUCUACUACAACAACUACGAUGUAGAGAAACGCGACGCCUCCCCCGAAAAACGUUUCUACUACAACAACUACGAUGUAGAGAAACGCGACGCCUCCCCCGAAAAACGCUUCUACUACACUCACUACGAUGUAGAGAAACGUGGCGAUGCCCCGGAGAAACGCUUCUACUACGUCCACUACGUUCCAGAGAAACGCGAUGCCUCCGCAGAAAAGCGUUUCUACUACACUCACUACGAUGUAGAGAAACGAGACGCAGAGUCGCCAGAGAAGCGCUUCUACUAUACAAACUACGACAUGGAGAAGCGAGGAGAGGAAACCGAAGAUGGUGUAGCUGCCUAA